AUGAGCGAGAAAUUUGUGCCCGAGCACCGAAAGACGGAUUUCAAGGACAAGAACAAAUUCAGCGCCGACGAGCUGCGACGACGACGAGAUGAGGCCCAGGUCGAAAUCCGAAAGGCCCGACGAGAGGAACAGCUGUCCAAGCGACGAAACAUGAGCGAGCUGGUGGGCGGAGACGACUCAGAGGACGAGGCCGAGUCUGCUUCCUCUAACCUCCAGUGGCAGGAUGCUUUCCCCGAGAUGAUUGCCAACAUUCAGAGCAACAACCUCGAGGCCCAGCUGGAUGCCACCACCAAGUUCCGAAAGCUGCUCUCCAAGGAGCGAUCGCCACCCAUUAACGAGGUGAUCCAGUGCGACGUGGUCAAGUACUUUGUCGAGUUCCUCAAGUCCCCCCAUAACCUGCUGCAAUUCGAGGCCGCAUGGGCUCUGACCAACAUCGCUUCCGGUACCAGCGAACAAACCAAGGUUGUGGUUGAUUCCGGAGCUGUGCCUCUGUUUGUGCACCUCCUGGACUCUCCCGAGACCAAUGUGCGAGAGCAGGCCGUGUGGGCUCUCGGUAACAUUGCCGGUGACUCCCCUCAGUGCCGAGAUUACGUUCUCAAGUGCGACGCUCUCCAGCCUCUCAUCAACAUUGCCACAAACACCAAGAAGCUCUCCAUGAUCAGAAACGCCACAUGGACUCUGUCCAACUUCUGCCGAGGCAAGUACCCCCAGCCCGACUGGGAGGUUAUCAAGCACGCUCUUCCUGCUCUCGCCAAGCUCAUCUUCUCCUAUGACGAUGAGGUUCUUAUCGAUGCCUGCUGGGCCAUCUCCUACCUGUCCGACGGCACCACCAACAAAAUUCAGGCCGUUGUGGACGCCGGAAUCCCCCGACGACUCAUUGAGCUCCUCGGCCACCAGAGCACAUCUGUCCAGACCCCUGCUCUGCGAUCCGUUGGUAACAUUGUCACUGGUGAUGACGUCCAGACCCAGAUUGUCAUUAACGCCGGUGCCCUGCCCGCUCUUCUGCAGCUUCUGACUGCGCCUAAGGACUCUAUUCGAAAGGAGGCCUGCUGGACCAUUUCCAACAUUACCGCUGGUAACUCCACCCAGAUCCAGUCUGUCAUUGACAGCAACCUUAUCCCCCCACUUAUCCAGCUCCUGUCCACCGGAGAGGUCAAGACCAAAAAGGAGGCAUGCUGGGCCAUCUCCAACGCCACCUCCGGUGGUCUUUCCAAGCCCGACCAGAUCCGAUACCUUGUCCAGCAGGGCUGUAUUAAGCCUCUGUGUGACCUGCUGGGUUCCAUGGACAACAAGAUCAUUCAGAUUUCUCUUGACGCUCUUGAAAACAUUCUCCGAGUGGGUGAGUCCGAUCGACACAUGCGAGGUGAUGGCCAGAACGAGUACGCUCUGUUCAUCGAGGACGCUGAUGGAAUGGAGGCCAUCCAUGCUUGCCAGCAGAACGACAACGAGGCCAUCUACAAGAAGGCUUACACCAUCAUCGAGACCUAUUUCAGUGGUGACGAGGGUGUGGACGACACUGACCUCGCUCCUCAGACCGAGGGUGAUGCAUUUGCAUUUGGUGGCCAGCAGCAGCAGGGUUCCUUCAACUUCCAGUAG